AAGCAACAACUUGUCCGGUGGGAAGACAAAACAUCGCUCACUCUCAAAUAUCGCCAGUUUACAGAGUGUUUCCCCAUAGACAAUUAAUCAUACACGAUGGAAGGACUACCUAAAUUCCCAGGAUUCGAAUUUCGUGACCCAACGAAAAACACCUUUCACAGAAACAGCACCCUGAAAUUUAAAAAUGGCUACUCUUUCCCCAAAUUGCCCGAAGUGGGUAUUGGUGGGGAUCCAUUACACUUCAACCAGCUGUCAGACGCAGAACUGGAUGAGCUGGCUAACUUUAACCCCACACUGACCUACGGACAAGCCAAACAAGCCCCUCCCCAAGACUUUGUGCCUGCCCAUGUGGCCUGGGACAAAAAGGUGCUUCGCUUCAAUGCAUAUUUCCAACAGACCGUUCAUGAAAGUCCAAAUGAGUAUUUCAGAGUGCGCCCAGUGGACAUCUACUACUACUUGGAAGAUGACAGUAUUGCUGUGAUAGAGCCUCAUGUCGAGAACAGUGGCAUGCCCCAAGGCAAGCUGAUCAAGAGGCAAAGACUGCCCAAGAACGACCAAGGUGACAACUGGCACUGGAAGGACAUUAACCUGGGGAUGAACAUCACCUUCUAUGGCAAGGUCUUCCACGUCAUCAACUGUGACAAAUUCACUUCUGACUUCCUGGAAAGUGAAGGUAUUGAGGUAAAUCCCUCAGAGCAGCUGCCGUCCGAUCCAUACAUCAAGCGUCGUGAAGAGUCUGCUGCACUCCGCACCUACAAAACCCCAUCCUCCUUCGACAAGCUCAAACAGUUCAUGGAGCUUGAUCGUAAAGUGCUGCGCUUCUUCUGCGUCUGGGACGACCGCGACAAUAUGUUUGGAGAAAUGAGACCAUUUGUUAUACAUUAUUACCUUGUGGAUGACACUUUGGAGAUCAGGGAAGUCCACUCCCCUAACGACGGGCGCGACCCAUUCCCAGUGUUGAUAGGGAGACACAAGGUGCCAAAGGAUAGGUACAGGGUCAACUCCUCAUUCCCCUCCUGUGUAAUGGAACUGUCCGACCAUGAGCUUGGCGAGUACUACACGCCUAAAGACUUCAUGGUAGGCAAGACCAUGUACAUCUAUGGUCGCCGUUUCCUGAUAUACGACUGCGAUAACUUCACCAAGGCCUUCUAUUACCAGCAUUUCGGAAUCACAGAGUUCACGCCUGUCGAGGUCAAAGGUCAAGCUAAAGAACUAGCUAAAAUGGAAAUCCCUCCAUACAACCACUUUGGAUCGAUGGAGGAUUCACUGCAGUCCUGUCUGUCUCUUGUGCCACAGCCCCCAAAGAAAGACUUCAUCAAGAUGCUGGAGAACGACCACAAAGUGCUGAGAUUUGAAGCUAUAAUGGAUUCAGUCCGCCCAGAGGACAGAGGCAGACGUUUCGUGAUCGCAUAUCGGCUGGCUGAUGACAUGAUCACGAUCUACGAACCACCAGUCAGGAACUCUGGGAUUAUCGGCGGGAAGUUUUUGGAGAGAACACGAGUUGCCAAGCCUGGCUGUCCCCCUGAUGAACCUGUGUUUUACGGACCUCAAGACUUCCACAUUGGAGCCGUUAUUGAAGUGUUCAAACAUCGUUUUAUCAUCAUAAAUGCUGAUGCUUAUGUUCUCAAAUACAUUGAGGAGCAUAAAGAUCAAUUCCCAGAACAAACUAUUGAGAGUUUGAGGCAGACCCUUGGCAAGCAACAGCCACCCAAAGAACUCAUCAAAGGAGGACCAAUGAAAGUCCACAGAAGUGAUGGUGAUUUAAACACAUUGGUACAACAGAUCCGUGCUCAGCUGAAGAAGAUCGCAAUCACAGACAGAAGUCGCGUGGAUGAGAUGUUCCUGCGCUACGACCGGGACAGGUCUGGCUUCAUUGAUGCGUCAAACAUGAGGGACAUGUGCAGGAAACUUCAGCUCCCCGUCGAUGAUGAUGUCAUACUCGCUCUUGUACAGCAGUGCACAACAAAUCCAGAAGGCAAAAUCAGCUUAGAAGAUUUCCGGAAAUUUGUCGAAAGCUCAUGAACAUUUUGUGAAAAAAAAAUAAAAACAGAAGUUGGGAGGGGGAGAUAACUCUGUUAGCUAUGAUCAUGUGGAAGCCAUGAAUAGCCAGUCUUUGGAAUGCAAGCAUAUUAAAUAGCAAACCAACGUAAAACUUUUCUGGGCAAAUUUCAUCUUCACAACUUGUACAGUUUUAACAAGAUUUUAGGAUAUUUCACAGUUUUAUUAGCAAACAUUGCAGCCCACUUGAAAACAACAUCUUAUUUGCUUUUUUUUUUUGAACAUUGAAUUUCUGCUGCUGUCAGAGGGAUCGAUUUUUAUUUGGGGGAGAAAGUAUUUUAACUGCUACAAAUGGCCUGUGAUAUCAUGUUAUAUUUGUUAACAUUUUGUGACAUAUUUAUUUACAAUAUAUAUGUACAUACAAAUGUAUAUGUACUUGACACUGUGUAAAAUAUAGAUAGAAGUACAUAAAACUUUGUGUGUUGAUUUUAUUUACUGACAGGUAUAAACAUUUAUUCUGAAUUGAAUGAUUGAUGGACUAAUUGCAUGUUCUGGUAAGUAAAACCAGAAGUUCAGAUUGGAAUCAACAGAUGCAUGUACUGAGAGGUGUUAGUGACUACAGUUACAAUUCAGGGUUGCCUGGACGACCAGGCCUUUUACCCAAAGAGCUCCUACUACUGUGGUUGCAGCUUGAUGUUAAUAAGUUUGUCAGAUACCUGCCCAAGGCCUAGUAGUUUACUCCGGGCUCUUCAGUAUCCUCCAUUCAUAAACCUGACUGCUGUUAUAUACAUGUAGAUGAAACAUGCUUGAGUUCAGUGUUAAACAUCAAUUAAAUAAAUAAAAAAGCACACCCAAAUCUGUCUCAAGAUGGGGUGGGGCUGGGAUUGGAUGUUCAGAAUCUACAGAUGUGCUGAGAUUUAUAUAUUUUGAUUUAUUUGGCGUGGUAAGAUUAUUUCACUAAUCUGACGGCUUGCCUUACGGUGGGAGGAUACUAGGCAGUGCCAAGAGGAAACCCACGACCAUCUGCAGGUGGCUUCCAGACCUUUCCGAGUUUGACUGGAAGAAAGCUCUGAUGGGCGAAAAGUAUCUAUUUAUUAAUUUUACGCUGUGUGUUAAGAAUAUUCACCGAGAUUCACUGUUAUCAUAUGUAGAUAUGAGGGCGGUCAUUUUGGGAUAGAAGAAACUGGAGCGCCCACAUGUAAACCACCAACCUUUAGUAAACUACUGACGAAUUUCCCACAUGUGACACACAUACUGCAUGUCACCUAUGUCAUAUUGGGAAGGCAAAUGAACGGCAACGAGCUUCAUUAUUUUGAAAUAGCACACCGAGUCCGUGUAGAGGCACUAAUAAGACCACUUAAAGGCCCAUACACGAUCGUGGGUUACUACUUAUUGCCCGCAAAGACGCCGAGAACAGUGAAGGCGGUGUCUCG